AUGUUAUUUCGAGUUCUAUGUAUCUUUCUUCUGAUCUAUUGGUUAUCUGUGACUUGUAUCGUCUCGGGUGAAGUAACCUUCACUCGUAGAGAUAUAUAUCUCCCUUCUCGUUUCUUUUACUUUAAAGAUUCUCAGAACAUUCUUUUCUUAGACAACAAAAAUAAUGAUGUCUAUCGAUCUGAUCGAUCCAAACGGUUUGAUAAACAAGUCAUUGAUUGGAAGCGUGUUGAUGUUCCUGAAAAUCAAGCUUAUUCUUUGAUUCCGCAUCCCUUUGAUAAUAAUAAAGCUUAUAUUUUAACUAAAGGUACAACUCAUUAUAAAACGAAUGACCAAGGUCUUACCUGGGAAUCAUUUAGUGUUCCUUAUCAACCUUCAAGCAAGGGUGAAGUUCUUUCUUUCAAUGCAAAAAGAAUUAAUCAAAUAUUAUUUAGAGUAACAAAUUGCGAUAAAGAUUGCGUUGAUGAGGUUUACUACACCAAAGAUGAAUUUAAAACUACUGAUAAAAUAUCGGUAGAAAAUAUCGGAAAAUGUUUAUGGGGUGUUUCUACAAAAGAUUUUUCUGGUGCUCCUGAAAAUUCGAUUUUCUGUAUAAAUUCGGAAAAUAAAAUAAUCGAAUCUGAUGAUUUUUUCUCUAAUAAAAAGAUUGUAAAAUUUGGUGAUAAUGAAAUAACUGGUGUAAUGGGUCUUGCUCCUGUGAAUAAAUAUUUAGUUGCUGUUGUAUCAAAUAUAGACAAUUCUCAAUUGGAAUUAUAUGUAACAACUGAUGGUAAUGAAUGGAAACAAGCUCAAUUUCCUUAUGAAUCAAGGAUGCAUGAAGAAGAAACUUCUUAUACUAUUCUUGAAUCUCCUGUAAAUAAUUUGGUCAUUGAUGUCCUUUCUACUGGUUCUGCUAAUUCUGGAACUUUAUUCUCUUCAAAUUCGGACGGUUCUUAUUUUAUUAAUCGUUUAAAUCAUACAAAUAGAAAUAUUGAUGGUUUUGUCGAUUUUGAAAAAGAUCAAAGCGUCAAUGGUAUUCUGUUAGCAAAUAUUGUGCAUAAUUGGAAAGAGGUUGAUGAUGGAAGUGCAUUAAAAGAAUUAAAAUCAAUGAUAACUUUUGAUAAUGGUAUUUCUUGGAAUUAUAUAGAACCUCCUAAAAAAAAUUUAAAUAAUAAGAACUUUGAUUGUAAUAUAAAUGAUUGGAAAACUGGCGAAUGUUCUUUACAUCUUCAUUCUGUCACAACCGCUAAUUAUUUUGGUUUUGUAUAUUCUUCUCGAUCAACUGCUGGUUUUCUUAUGGGUGUUGGUAACGUUGGUUCACAUCUCUUGUCAUAUGAUGAUUGUGACACUUUUCUAUCAACUGACGGUGGAAUUACAUGGACUGUUGUUGCUCGUGGACCUCAUCAAUAUGAAUUCGGUGAUAUGGGCUCAUUAAUUGUUAUGAUAGAUGACAUAAAUCCUACUAAUUAUAUUUUAUAUAGCUCUGAUUAUGGACGUACAUGGGAAAAGCUUGUUUUGGAUGCUAAUAUUAAAGUGAAAUUGCUUACAUCGCAUCCUGAUUCAUCAUUCCAAGAAUUUAUUGUUAUAGGUUCAUUUGCUCGAGAUAAUGGUAGAACGCAUACAUAUAGUUAUCUCAUUGAUUUUAGCAAACUACACAAUAAACAAUGUACUAAGGGUGACUUUGAAGAAUGGACUGCAAGAAAAAUUGAUGGUAAAGAAUGUUUAAUGGGCUAUAAGACUACAUAUAGACGUCGAAAGGCUGAUGCUAAAUGUUAUGUCGGAGAUGAUGAUAAUCAUUCUCAUGAAAAAAAAGAGGAUAUUUGUGAUUGUACUGAUGAAGAUUUCGAAUGUGAUCAAAAUUUCAUUUAUGAUUCAAUUAUGAAAAAAUGUGUUGCAAAUGGUCCUGAGUCUGUGCCUCCGGGAACAUGUAAACAAGUGGGUGAUACUUAUAAAGGGUCUUCAGGAUAUCGAUUAAUUCCUGGAAAUAGAUGUAAACUAAAUAGUGAUACUGCAUGGAAGACUGAACCUGUUGAAAAGUCUUGCACUGAUUAUCAAUUGCCUUUUGGUGAGAUAUCUCAUAGUACACAUGAAAUUGAAUUUGAAGACUUUUAUUAUUUCAAAAAUUCAAAGGUUAUAUUGGCAAAAACGCUUCAGGGGAAUGUCUAUCGAAGUGAUGAUGAAGGCACUAAUUGGAAAAAUUUGGAGUUAGCAAAUGCAGGAAAAAUUAUUUUUAUAUUUAUGCAUGAUCAAAGUAGCGAUAAGGCAUAUUUAUUUUCAGAAUCUAACUUAUGGUAUACAGGAAAUCAGGGUGCUAGCUUCGAAAAGAUAGAACUGCCUCUACCUCCCAAUAAUCUUGGCCUUCCUCUCCUUGAUUUUCAUCCUACGGAAUUUGACUGGCUUUUAUAUAUGGGAGGCACUACUUGUCCAAAAUGCCAUACCGAAGUACAUUUUAGUGAUAAUAAUGGGAAAUCAUGGAAAAAGAUUGAUACUUGGGCGGAUAAGUGUAUAUUUGCACGAGAUAAAAAUUUUGAAAAGAGAGAUAAAAAGGACAUUUUUUGUUCAUCAUACAAACACAAGAAUGCUAAAGAACAAGAUGAAUUACAGGGCAGACCUACAAAUGAUAACCCCUUACAACUUGUAUUAAUAAAAGAUUUUGAUUUUACAAAAAAAGAAGUUUUAUUCGCUAAUGUUGUAGAAUUUUUUGUUUUUGAUGUGUAUAUGGCUGUUGCAACGGAAAAUCGUGGACAAUUAUAUCUGUAUACUUCAAUGAAUGAAGAAUAUGGUUCAUUGUUUAAAUCCGAAUCAGCUGGUGUAAAUUAUUCUUUAAUUCUGGAUGAUACCAAUCGUAAUACUGUGGGUAAUGUUGAUUUUGAAAAAGUCCAAGGCAUAGUUGAUGGCAUAAUAUUAGCCAACGUUGUUAAUAAUACCCAAAAAUUGAACGGAGAAGUGAAAGAAAUAAUUACCAAAAUUAGUUUUGAUGAUGGAUCUACAUGGGAACGAUUGAAAAUUGAAAAUUGUCGGGGGGAGAGGUGUUAUCUCAACUUGCAUGGUAGAACUACUAUUCAUAGACCAGGUGGAGUCUUCAGCUCAUCUUCUGCGAUUGGUCUCUUAAUGGGUGUUGGAAAUGUAGGCUCAAGUUUAAAACCAUACUCUGAAUCUGAUACAUUUAUGAGUCGUGACGCCGGGCGUACCUGGUCAAAAAUUCGUAAUGGCGAAAGCUUGUACGCAUUUGGUGACCAAGGUUCAAUUAUGGUAGUGGUCGAUGAUGAAACUUCAACUAAAUUAUUACUGUAUAGCUCGAAUUACGGGAAAUCGUGGAAUAGAUAUCAAUUCUCUGACACCCCUGUUCGCAUAACUCAAUUAACAACUGCAUCUAAUCAAUCUACUAUGAAAUUCAUCAUAAGAGGAAUAAACAAUAAUCAAAAAUGGGUUUUAAUUACUGUUGACUUUUCGUCAUUAUUGCCGAAAAAAUGUGAAAUAAUUAAUUCUGAUAGUAUUAAGAGCGAUUUUGAAGUAUUUGACCCGAUGGUCUAUUCUAAAAAUAAAUGCUUCUUGGGCGAAAAGGUGACUUAUUUACGUCGCAAAAUCGAUCGAAAAUGUAAAAUUCUUGAAGAUCUUCAGGAAUAUGAAAAGAAAGAAAAAUGUGAAUGUAAUGAAUACGAUUUUGAAUGUGAUGUUGGUUAUUGGCGCGAAGAUGGCAAAUGCAAAUUACUUGGAUAUGAUCAUCAACGCCCUGACGUGUGUGAUAACAAAUAUCUUGCCAAAUCUGGAUAUCGCAAGAUUUCUAAGUCAAAAUGUGAAGGAGGAAAAGAUCUAACGAAAGAUAUAUAUAAAAGCUGUAAUGAUACAGUUAAUAUUGAUAUUAUUACGAAUUUGACAUCCUUUGAUUCUCAAAUUACAGAUUACUUUUAUUUCAUAAAUUCAAACACAACUCUUAUUCGUGUAAAUAAACAAGUUUGGAAGAGUACCGACCAGGGAAAUUCUUGGGAACCCAUUGAUGGGCUUGACAAUGUUCUUGCAAUGAUCCAAAAUCCCUAUUUUAAUAAUUAUGCAUAUUUUAUAAAACUUUCUGACACUUUAUAUUAUACAACUGAUUCUGCUGAAACUAUCAAUACUAUGAGUUUAAAAUUAAAUCCUAAUGUUCUUGGUAUACCAGUUCUCGAUUUUCAUCCAAAAUAUCCUGAUAGGCUUAUUUAUACAGCAAGUGAAGGAUGUGAAAGUAUAUUCUCCACUAACUGCCACUCAGUUGCUUAUUAUACUAAAAAUCAUGGUAAACACUGGUCCGAGCUGGAUAAAUAUUCUAGAAUUUGCACAUGGGGACGUGAUAGCAAAUUUACUAUCGAUGUGAAUUUUAUAUUUUGUGAAUCUUAUCGUGAUAAAACUGGAUCACAAAGAUCAUUUUACAAUAAUCCACUUCAACUUUGGUCAACAAGAGAUUUUGGAGCAAAUAAACAUAUACUAUUUGAUAAUAUUAACGGAUUUAUUACAUUUGAGAAUUUUAUGGUAGUUGCAGAGUUAUUGUCUAAUCAUAAACUUCAACUUUGGGCUUCUAUGGAUGGAGAAAAAUUUGCAAAAACACAGUAUCCACCUUACAUGGAAGUGCAAGAUGCAUAUACAAUUUUAGAAUCUACUACUGGAUCAGUCAUACUACAUGCUACAACUUCCUCUCAAUAUCAUUGGGGAAAUAUAAUGAAAUCAAAUUACAAUGGAACUUAUUAUUCUCUUUCCCUAAAAAAUGUCAAUCGUGAUGUAAAAGGUUUUGUUGAUUUUGAAAAGAUGCGAGGAAUAGAAGGAAUCGCCUUAGCUAAUAUAGUCAGCAAUACUAAUGAAAUAAUCAUUGGUGGUUCGGUUAAAAAGCUUCAAUCAAGAAUUACAUUUAAUGAUGGUGGCACAUGGCAACCGUUAAAUCCACCAAAAGUUGAUUCAGACAAUAGGACGUAUGAUUGUAAUGGUUGCAAGUUACAUCUUCAUAGCUAUACUGAACGCAAAAAUCCUGGAGAUUCCUUUAGCUCCUCUUCAGCUGUAGGUUUGAUGAUUGGUGUAGGCAAUGUUGGUGAUCAUCUUACUCCUUACUUGGAUGGUAAUACUUUCUUGACCCGAGAUGCUGGUAUCACAUGGACAGAAGUUAGAAAAGGUGCAUAUAUGUACGAAUUUGGAGGUCAAGGUUCUGUUUUAGUUUUAGUAGAUGAUGAAGCACCCACCAAUCAUAUUUUAUAUUCUUUCAAUGAGGGUAAAUCAUGGCAAAAACAUUUGUUCACAAACAAACCUAUUAGAGUUCAUGAUAUUACAACACAUCCUAAUGGUACUCAAAAUAAAUUCCUUUUACGAGGACGUUAUCAAGGAAACUCAAAUAAUGAAGUGGUGGUUUAUCUCGACUUCACUCCCAAGUUGCUCAAUAAAUGUUUGCUGAAUAUCAAUAACCUUAAUGAAAGCGAUUUUGACUUAUGGAAACCUAAACAUCCAGAACAUUCAGGACAUCAACAUGAUUGCUUAUUCGGCCAUGUGGCGGAAUAUUACCGAAGAAACCUUAAACGUGAUUGUUAUAUUGGAGAAGAAUUCUCACAAUCAAAAGAAAUUCUGAAAAAUUGUAAAUGUGAUGAAUACGACUUUGAAUGUGACUUCAACUAUUUUCGAGAUAAAAAUAAAAAUAAUAGUUGCACAUUGGUUCCUGACACCUCACCUUUAAAAUUAACUAUUCAAGAAAUGUGCGCCAAUGGUGCGAAGGUUUGGUACAAUGGGUCUGGAUAUCGUAAAAUUCCUAUUUCGACAUGCUCUGGUGACGAAGAAGCUUUCUUAGGUAAAGCUAAUAUGUGCCCUAGUGUUGGUUCUUCUUCCAAUAAGUGGAUUACCAUAAUCAUAGUACUUAUUGUUCUCGGAGCUAUUAUCGCGUGUUGCAUGUAUAGGAGACGCAAUCGAUACUCAUAUUUAUCUCAGGGACGCAUCCGUCUCGGGGAUCCUACACAAUCAUUUUUAUCAAAUAUAUUUGAGUCAUUUUUGGACAUUGUUUCACAAAUCCUUUCAAAGAUUCCUUUACCAGGUUCGGGUUCGGGUAAUAGAUAUAGAUAUAGGCCCGUUCCUCAAGAUGAUCAUCAGGAAGUUUUGUUAAAUGAUUAUGAUAUUGAUAAUCAAGAGUUAUAA